CAUAUCUAUCUUCUCUCAUCUUCGUAAAACACUUUUCCCUUCUUCUCUAGGAAACCCCAUUUCUCUUCUUCUUCAUGAUAUCGACCAUAAAACAUAGUUCCUUUCUUCUGCACAAGACUCACCAGACGACGGAGGUCGCUCAAGUGUCUUGUCCACUCUUUGUCGGUGCCGUAAAACUCCACCACGAGGUUCUUGAUGGUGUUGUGAUUGUUAAACGCGACGGCAGAAGAACAGGUUCGUGCUAAGCUACUAAAGUCAUAGAGAAGGAUUGGAGCUAUAGAUGUUGUUGGAGUUACCGUAACGGUGAUGGCACCCAAGUCAAUCUCAAAACGAAGACAGAAAGCAUGUUUGGCGGCGGCGACGGGAGGCACCGACAGGUUGAGUGGUUUACCGGAUUCUAUAUUGUGCCACAUCCUUUCAUUUCUCCCAACGAGAACCUCUGUGGCCACAAUGAAUCUUGUCUCUCGCAGGUGGCGCAAUCUCUGGAAACAUGCUCAGGUCUUCGACUUCGACUUCGAUUGUGACGGUGUAAGUGCAGAUUAUGAAAGGUUUAGGUUUUUCGUUAACUCUGUGCUUGCCCUCCGCAAAUCCCGCGACAUUCAGAAGUUCCAUCUCACUAUCACUUCUGAUUGUCAAUUCAUGAGCGACAUUCAAAACAACUAUGUUGAAAUGUGGAUCUGUGCCGCCACUGGGCCCCACCUUCAAGAACUAUCUCUCAUCAUUCCAUCAUAUGCUGAUCAAAUCGUAAAACUCUCUCCUUCUUUAUUCAUGAACUGCAGCAACCUCGUUUCCCUAAGUCUUGAUGGUGCAUUCGAGGUGGAGGUUAAACAUUCUUCAGUUUAUUUUCCAUCACUCAAGAGGCUGAGACUUGGUGAACUCAUUGUAGAUUCAGAAGUUUCCUUUCUCUCUGGCUGCCCCAUGCUGGAAACUCUAGAGAUUGGCUUUUACUUAAAUAACAUACCUUUGACUGAAGUUACGAGGUUGAAAUCCACCAAUCACAAUUUCACUUGGAGUUACUUUGAGUUUUAUGUAAAUUCCAGAUUUAUCAAAUUGGGUAUCGUUGGCAGCUUUCAUAGUAUGUUGGAGGCAUUUCUUUAUGUCUUUUCCUUGCAUGAAAGUGAAUGUUUCGACCCGAUUCUUUACCUCUUUGGUGAUUACAAUGAUUACAAAGAUGAUGGCGGCGAUUAUGUUCAUCUAAAGAUGUGUCACUCGACAUUGAAGUGGACACUUCAUGCCCCUGUUCUAGAUUAUCCAGAAUUUCGCCAAUUAAAUCAUAUAAAGUUCAUUCUCCCUUGCUUCAACUCGAAUCUUCUUGUCACUGUGCUCCAUAAAUGUGAUAUGCUUAAAUUUCUCAUAAUUCAGAGCGACAAGGAGGAACACUCACCGUUAAGAACAUUGGAGCCACAGUCAAUAACAGUUCCUGGAUGUCUCAAAUCCCACCUAACCUAUAUUCAGAUAGAAGGAUAUCAAGGAUGUGAAGAUGAGUUGGCAUUUGCUGAAUAUAUUUUGCGGAAUGGACUUGUUUUGGAGGCGAUGCUUAUUUAUGUCGAUGCUUCAAUGGACCCAACAAAUAAGUAUUGUUCUGUCAAAAGAUUACUUGAAAUUCCCAGGGGCUCUGCCAAGUGCCAGAUUAGAUUUGACCCAGCCGUAUCUUCUUAAGUACGCAUUUGCAUUGCAAUGGUUGGUUGGUUGCUGAUGCUGGCAGAAUAAUGUUUGCUCAGAUGCUUUCGGCUUCACUGAAAAGAAGACAUUGGGAACUACUAGUAUGUUCUCUGGUAGACAAAUAUCUAGGUUUAAGCAUGGUGGAUAAAGGUCAUAGUUAUUGAUUAUAGACUACAGUUAAAUAAUAUGACUUCUCUGGUAUCCAACUUACUUUUAUAUUUCUCUGCUUUAAAUAUGGAUUUUCCUUUCGCUUGCUUACCGUGUUGACCGCGCUAUAAAUUCCACCAUUUAUGUGGCUUAUAUAGUAAGAAUCUUUUGGCCUUUGAGAAUAUUGUGAAUGCUACUGAAAUUACCGCGCUACUGCAUAUUCUGAUCAUGUCUUUUUGAUAUUUUUACACUAUAGGUAUCCUUGUUCAUAGUGGUCUCUUGAUGUUUAAUUUGGUUUUAUAGGAAAUAGAGUGGGGCCAGUGCAACAUCCCCAAAAUUGAUGAGUUAUUUACUUAUACUUAAUUCUUUGUUUAUGUUUGAGCAUUUCAUAAAAUUCAUGUGAGUUAUGUGAUUGUGGCUAUCUUCAGAUUAAUUGGGAGGGUGCACUAGUAUCUAUGUGUCAGUAAUGUUUUGGAAAUUGGAUGCUCAAAGGAAGAGAAAGGGAAAACUUUAAGAAGAAAAGAGAAAAAGGAGGGAUUGAAGGGUUUCCUUAGUCAUAUUCCUUGAUAGUGUGCUUAUGUUGUGAUGUUCUGGUUAUGUUUUAUGGGCCGUAAGGUCAAUGAAACUCCAUCUUCUCUUCAAUAAACCUCUAAAAGGGAUCAAUCAUCACAUCCAACUUAAUACUCUUGCCUCAUUUAGUCCUAGAAAGGGACAUUGAUUUGUUGUUUGAGAUUGCAUGCUGUGUAGCUAUUGAGCUAUAACAACUUGAAAUUUACGUGUAUCCUUUACUACACUAUAAUUGAAAUCAACUAAAGAUGUUACACUUAGGUGUGUCUUACAGAUAACUAGGUGGGGUUGGGAAGGGAAGAUGCAUCUUUGAAUAAAGUGUUGAAUUUAUCUGUGACAUCCUAUUUGUAUACACCUUGGAGAUUCAUGUAUUCGUUGGUACUGUCUGUGCUACAUUGGACUCUAAUAAAAUAAAUUCGUAAA